AUGGCGGCCCUCGUGAAAGCCGUGAGGCUUUCUGGAGCAGUAAAAAAUGUUUCAAUGUUUUUCAAUAGUUUAUCGUUGUCAGUUAAUUCCAGAAUUAUUCCACCAACGGCUUCGCUUAUUCCGAGAAUAUGUCCCCAAAAUUCAUACAGCACAAAGCCACCCCCUCCCCAUCCUCUAAUGGCAUUCUUCGACGAUAAGAAAAACUGGGGUCAGACAACAGUAAAGACUGGACGCUCGUGGAAGCUGGACGAAUUGAGAAUAAAGAGCAAUGAAGAUCUUCACAAACUCUGGUACAUUCUACUCAAGGAGAGGAAUAUGCUCAUGACCAUGGAGCAUGCACAUGCCCAAGAGUGGGAGUAUUUUCCAAAUCCUGAGAGAAUCGAUAAAGUGGAGGAGAGCAUGGAGAAUUUGGAGAAAGUCGUGAGAGAGAGGAAUCAGGCUUAUCAUUAUCUCGAGACUGGGGUGCAUGGAGAGAGACCGAUGAAAACUGUUCGAGAUCAAUUGGGUUUGAGACGCUGGUACAAAAUGUGUCAACAUCCAAUCCCAAAAUGGUUAAAUAGCGGUUUUCGCAAGAAGUAUAUCUUUUCACAUGGGGGUUACGCAGUGUCGAAAUUCCUCAGGAAAUUCAAAGAGAAGAUGUGGCUUGCUAGACGCAGAGGAAUAACCGAACACAAAGCAAUUGUGCGAAAGAUAUUCCGAAGAUUUCCGAAUGUGGAUGUUGAGGCAGUUCGAGAGAAAUAUCCAGAUGUGGACAUUGACAAAGCUAUGAAAUGUAGGCGAUCCGUGGCGCACUACGUACCCCCCGAAUCUGACGAUUUUCCUCAAUAAAAACAUCUUUUUUUCCUGCUGCGAACAGCGGAAUUAAAAACACCAAAUGAAUGUCAAAAAUGCCAGACAUAGUGUCCCACAAUGUAAAUAAACACUCUACGAAUAAAAAAUUCAAGAUAAAA